CAGACGCAUACAACAGUCUCGAUUGCGGUGCCCCCGCCAGCGCGGGCGUGCUCCAAGCCAAGCAUCAGCUAGCUGUGUGGCGCAACUCACGAACGAGCUCCGUCAUCACUGGAAGCAGAGAGCCGCAUCCCCCAAAUCAGAGUGGGACAGCGAGAAGAGAUGGCCUUCGAGGAUCCUAAGUUUCCGGUCACAGACCCGGCGCCGGGCAUGGGGACGGUUUUCGGCAACUUGAACGCGACGGAUGUUGCGACUGUAGUGGUGGCUACGGCAGGCUCGGCAGCAUGGUGCUUCAAGGGAGUCAAGGGUAUUCGCGGACCGAACGCAGUAGUGGGGGCCAGUCUGGGUUUGAUCGGGGGGUUGAUGCUGGCCGGUCAGAGCUCGUUCGGACGGCUCACUGGGCAGCGGAAGUGAACACACAUGUAGUUGUUUUGGAACCGGGGCUUUUCAUGGCGGUGGACAAGCCGGCGGCCGGUGGAAGCCAUGGAAGGGGGGGGGGGGGG